AUGAAGUCCGAGUCCGCCGAAGAGCUAAGCCGGGUCCAUCACGCCGUCACGGCCACCGUCAACGCGCAGGAGAGCAUCGGUAGACCCAUCAACUCCCAUGGAAUGGAUCUCCUCAAUCACUUGGUAAUCGAACUGUUCGAUUCGCGAACGCGCCUCGAGUGGGAGUCCUCCACCAGCGAUUCUCCCGAUCCACCGAGUCACGAGGCACUCACUGACUUCAUAAGUAAAAGAAUUCUUAUCUUGAACGCCGCCAAGCCCAAGAUCGCCGUGAAGAGUGCCGGGGAAGCCUCUCGGACCGCGAAGACUCACUUCGCGAAAAACGUGCCCGACGCGUCCAAAUGCGCCGCCUGCAAGGGCAAGCACACGCUCAUGCAGUGCCCCGAGUUCAAAUCCAAGUCCGCGAGCGAAAGGAAGUCCUUCGUUGAGGUCAGCGGACUCUGCUUCAAUUGUCUCGGGAACCACAUGAUGGCACGGUGUCAGUCAAUUAAAACGUGCUUCACGUGCAAGUUGCGGCACCACACGCUGUUGCACGACGCGUACGCCGCACCAACACCACAAGAAGCGAGCACUUUCUCCACGACACGCACUUCACUUGACAAACGGGCGACUCUUCUCGCCACAGCGCGCGUCACUCUGACCGACCGUCUGGGACGACCUCAGGAUGUGCGAGCCCUGCUCGACCAGAGGUCCGAAGUGUCCCUCGUCUCAGAGGACUUGGCGCAGCGCCUCCGUCUGACGCGCACCCGCUCCUCGAUCUCCAUAGUUGGAAUCGGAGGAGCAUGUUCAGGAUCCACACGAGGAAGGGUGACGCUCGCUCUCAAGUCAAGAGUGACCGGAGCCCCUCUCACCGUAGCGGCCUAUGUCCUCCCACGGCUGUCGUCCUACCAGGGACCAGCAAUCAAGGGCUCCACCACGUGGCCGCACAUCCACGGCCUCACUUUGGCGGAUCCUCAUUAUCUCCAGCGAGAUCCCAUCCACCUUCUCCUCGGCGCUGAUGCCUUCUCCGGGAUCCUCCUCGAAGGUCUCCGAAAGGGUCGCAAGGACCAACCCAUCGCGCAGAGGACUACGUUCGGGUGGAUCUUAUCGGGAGGCUGCGGAGUCGUGACGGCCAACGGCUCCCUCAGCUCUCUCCAGUGCACCGUAGACCGCGACCUGAACGCCCUAGUGCAGAGGUUCUGGGAGCAGGAACAGGAGCAGCCUGCCUCCGUCGUGCUCACGCCAGAGGAAGAGCAAUGCGAAGAGAUCUUCGCCCGCACGCAUGAGCGCCUCGCCGACGGAAGGUACAUGGUCCGUCUUCCGCUGGCUGGCCCUCUUCCACCUCUCGAACACACGCGGAAGUCCGCCGAGCGACUUCUCGCGGUAAUGGAGCGACGCCGCUCCAGAGACGCCGGCUUCAACAAGCUCUAUGGCAGCUUCAUGGAGGAGUACUCGGACCUGCAACAUAUGACCCUGGUCAGAACACCGCUCAUCAAGAAAUCCGCGUGUUACUUACCACACCACGGAGUGCUCCGGACUUCCAGCACGACCACCAAGUUGAGAGUGGUCUUCAACGGAUCUCAAUGUACGCCUGCCGGAGACUCACUCAACAACGCAUUGCUGGUCGGAGCCAAUCUUCUGCCAACUCUCGCCGACGUCCUCCUGCGUUGGCGCUGGCACCGCUUCGCCUUCAUCGCCGACAUCGAGAAGAUGUACCGGCAGAUUCUGGUGCAUCCCGACGUUCGAGACCUGCAGCGGAUCCUUUGGAGGCAAAACCGCACCGACGACGUCCAGGAGUAUCGCCUCAACACGGUGACGUACGGACUGGCCUGUGCACCGUUCCUGGCGAUCAGGACUCUCCGCCAAUUAGCCGACGAUGAGGAGCCGGCAAACCCAGCGGGAGCAGUUGCAUUGAGGCGCGACUGCUAUGUCGAUGAUAUCGUCACAGGCGCCAGCACCCUGUCCGAGGCGGUCGAGAAGCAGAGGCAGUUGCGCCGACUCUGCACGGCGGGCGGGUUUCCCUUGAGGAAGUGGGCCUCAAACCACCAGAGGAUCCUCGAGGAGAUACCACGGGAGCAUCAGCUCCAGCAGCCACACCACGACUGGGAGGACGAAGCGCACCCGACGCUUGGGUUACGGUGGCACCCCCGCAGCGACUCCUUCACAUUCCGCCUCCAGCCUCGCACGACUGCCCCGCUGACUAAGAGACAGGCGUUGUCGGAGACGGCUCGGAUAUUCGAUCCGUUGGGCUGGUUGGCUCCAGUCACCGCUCGGGCCAAAAUCCUCAUCCAGUCAGCCUGGAUGAAAACAGCUGGACUGGGACGCCCCACUGCCUCAAUCAGAUGA